CAAUUAUAGUUAUAGAAAACAUAUUGCAGCUGUGAAUCCCUUUCCACUCCAACCGCAAUUGCCUUAUCCAGUGGAUGCCAUGAAUGAUUGCUCUUGGAAUUUUAACACAUGCUCAAAUGCUACAUUUGGAAGAGAUAUCAAUAAUCCAAGACAAGUAGAGCUGCCGUGCACAAUAUCUGAUUUGAGUUUGUCACCAAGAAGUCACAUUCGAUGUCAUGGGGGGCUGUUUUCAAUCAUCAAUGCUGGACCUGGAAGCCAUAUCAAUUAUCCAAUCCAAGUGGGGUUGCUGCCUAGGUAUCACACUACCAAUGUGAACGACAUUCAACCUCGUUUGGAGUUGACUUCUACCAUCUGUGCUGGAAGAGAUAUUGAAUAUCGAAGCCAAGCAGGGCCGCAGCAUACUUUUCCUGAUUUCAGUUGGCCAUAUAGAGAUUGCAUUACUGACAUGAAUCAUAUACAACCUCAUGUGGGGUUGCCUUCUACCAUCAAGCCUGGGAAUGAUCACUCUUGGGACUUUGGUGGCAACUUGAAUGGUCGAGUCGAAACAUAUCCAAGGCCUUCUUAUAACGUGCAGUGUUCUGCUGUUGAAAGAUGGGGGUAUAAUUUUGAUGUGCCAUAUUCUUUACCUGAGGUAGCAAAGCAUGACUUCGGAAGACGGAUGGUGGAAGUGCGAAAAAGAACCUCCGGAGAGGACUUGUAUUUAAAGCAUGAGAACCACAUGAACAUCUUGAGUUUAAAGCGGCCAAGGGUGCGGCCAGGGGUGCUGCAACUCUAAUCUACUUGUUAAAUGCUGGUGAGACCUGGGAAUUGUGGUAAUGGUAUUGGAAUCUAAGAGGAUGUGUGUAGAUUUGUGUUCGCCAACACUUUAUUGAUGUUUUGAGUUAUGAAGCUAGCUAUGCAUUAGUGCGUAUAGCAUCAACUAUGCAAGGACUGUUCCUUGCUUAAACUGAGAAUCUGUUUUGGAAAUUAUAUUUUGGAUAAAAUAGUUACUACUUU